ACGGGCAGCAGCUGUAAGACGUUCUCCGACAUCUAGGAUUCACCAUCACUGUCACGGGAAACCAACUCCGCUACCUACUCUGGACAUUCGCACGGUAGUAGGCGUUUCUUCCGGAGCCCCCUACCAUCCGCGAGUCCGCGACUCCGAGAACGUACCCCCGCGUGGCAGGUGGUACACCACCGUUGCGCGGUACUCCUAGACUCGCCGCUUAACGAGAGUGCAACUGCAGUUGGCGGCCGACCUGUGCACGGUUCACGGGGAAACGCGGAGAACGCGCUCGUUCCAACUCGCCGCAGUUUCGGGGGAGAUCCAGAGAAAGAGAGAUGAGGAUCAUUGUUCUAGUCGUAUUUGUCAUGGCCGUCCUGGCGAGUGUCUCGGCGCAGGAUUUCAGACAUUUUUUCGCGGGAUUUGGUCCUUAUGGCAUUCAAGCCUCAGUAAUGAGGGAUCCGAGAUCGAAUAGGGGUCCGGUAUUAUUCCCACCUGGGCCGGCUCCCAACAAUGCUGACACCAGCGGCGUCGUCGUGGGCGCGAGUGGAUACGGAUUCGUGCCACCCAGCACAGGUUAUUAUACCUAUUUCUACUACUAGACAUCCAGUAAUCGCGAGACUGCAACGAAGACGACAAC